UUUGUCUAUGAGUAAAAGAAAUUUGUCAAAUCAUCGUAUUAUUUGUACUCGUUUCAGAAAUUGCCGAAUAAUAAGCAAAAAGUGUCUGGAGAAGUUUAGUGCUACAGGAUUUAAAGUUAAAAAACACCAAGAUGAAUAUAACAUCAGCAGCGGGGAUAAUAUCCCUGCUGGAUGAGCCGAUGUCCGAAGUGAAAGAGUUCGCAUUGAAGAGGUUGGACAACAUAGUCGACGAGUUUUGGCCAGAAAUAUCAGAAUCUAUUGAAAAGAUUGAAAUUCUUCAUGAAGAUAAAGUGUUCUCCCAGCACCAGCUCGCUGCUUUGGUGGCAAGUAAGGUUUAUUACCAUUUGGGAGCGUUUGAAGAUUCACUGACGUACGCGCUGGGCGCUGGUGAUUUGUUCGACGUGAAUGCGAGGAAUGAGUAUGUGGAUACUACGAUUGCGAAGGCGAUUGACUUCUAUACGCAGAAGAGGAAGGCGCUGUUCGUGGACAGCCAGGCGGAGUCGAUCGAUCCUCGGCUGGAAGCCAUUGUGAACCGGAUGUUCCAGCGAUGUCUUGAAGACGGCCAGUACAGGCAGGCGCUAGGCUUGGCGCUUGAGACCCGCCGCAUGGACAUAUUUGAGGAAUCCAUCAUGAAAUCUGAUGAUGUAGCCGGUAUGCUUCAGUAUGCAUUCACUGUUGCCAUGAGUCUCCUGCAGAACAGGGGCUUCCGCAGCACAGUCCUCAGGUCCCUGGUGGGUCUCUACAGAGGCCUCAACAUCCCAGACUAUGUCAACAUGUGCCAGUGCCUUAUCUUCCUCGAAGACCCUCUCUCAGUAGCUGAAAUCCUUGACAAACUUACUCAUGGACCUCAAGAAUCCGUCCUCAUGGCUUACCAAAUAGCGUUUGACUUAUAUGACUCAGCUACUCAACAGUUCCUUGGCAGAGUACUGCAAGCUUUAAGGACCACAGCACCCAUCCCCAGUGCUCUUGGUGGUAAGCCCCAACCUCAAGGUGGACCAUUCCCAGAAGCCACCAUGGAGGUUGACCAACCAGCUGAAGAGGCUAAGAAACCAGAGAGAGAUAUAGACAGUCUGAAUGAUGAAGAAAAAGAACAUCAAAGAAGGGUAGAAAAGUUAAUUUCAAUCUUAGGAGGUGAAGUCUCCAUAGGGUUACAACUACAAUUCCUGAUUAGAUCUAAUCAUGCUGAUUUACUUAUCUUGAAGAACACUAAAGAUGCCAUCAGGGUGUCUAUAUGUCACACAGCCACUGUAAUAGCUAAUGCUUUCAUGCACUCAGGAACAACUAGUGAUCAGUUCUUGAGGGACAACUUGGAAUGGCUAGCCAGGGCCACAAACUGGGCCAAGCUUACAGUAACAGCUUCCCUUGGUGUCAUACAUAGGGGACAUGAAAACGAGUCAUUAGCACUCAUGCAAUCUUACUUGCCAAAAGAGGCUGGGCCAUCAUCAGGUUACUCUGAGGGUGGUGGCCUUUAUGCCCUUGGUCUAAUUCAUGCAAAUCAUGGUGCAAAUAUCAUUGACUAUCUUUUAACACAGCUAAAAGAUGCUCAGAAUGAGAUGGUUCGCCAUGGAGGUUGUCUUGGUCUUGGCUUGGCUGCUAUGGGUACACACAGACAAGAUGUCUAUGAACAACUGAAGUUCAACCUUUAUCAAGAUGAUGCUGUCACCGGCGAGGCAGCUGGUAUAGCUAUGGGGAUGGUCAUGUUAGGCUCCAGGCAUGCUGCUGCUAUUGAAGAUAUGGUUGCAUAUGCUCAAGAAACUCAGCAUGAGAAGAUAUUAAGAGGUUUGGCUGUAGGUAUAGCCUUCACUAUGUAUGGAAGACUGGAAGAGGCAGAUGCCCUUGUACAGCAGCUUCUGAGGGAUAAGGACCCUCUGCUGCGUCGUGCAGGUUGUUACACGAUUGCCACUGCUUAUUGUGGUACUGGCAACAAUGACUCUAUUCGCACACUUCUGCACGUCGCCGUCUCUGAUGUGAACGAUGACGUACGUCGUGCCGCCGUAACAGCUCUCGGAUUCUUACUCUUCAGGACACCAGAACAGUGCCCAUCAGUUGUAUCUCUUUUAGCGGAAUCGUACAACCCUCAUGUACGUUAUGGUGCUGCUAUGGCUUUAGGUAUUGCUUGCGCUGGAACUGGCAAUCGCGAGGCCAUUGGUCUCUUAGAACCCAUGGUCAAGUUUGAUCCUGUCAACUUUGUGAGGCAAGGUGCCUUGAUUGCCUCAGCCAUGAUUCUUAUCCAACAAACUGAAGUUCUUUGCCCUAAGGUCACAUAUUUCCGCCAACUCUAUGCACAAGUUAUUUCUAACAAACACGAAGAUGUAAUGGCCAAAUUCGGAGCUAUCCUGGCCCAGGGUAUUAUCGAUGCUGGUGGUCGCAACGUUACUGUGUCCCUACAAAACAGGACUGGACACAUGAACAUGCUCGCUGUCGUAGGCAUGUUAGUCUUUACCCAAUACUGGUACUGGUUCCCAUUGGCUCAUUGCCUGUCUUUGGCGUUUACACCCACUUGCCUGAUCGCCCUCAACUCUGACUUAAAGAUGCCUCAGAUGGACUUUAAGUCAAACUCAAAACCUUCUCUUUACGCAUACCCCGCGCCAUUGGAAGAAAAGAAACGCGAGGAGAGGGAGCGAGUCACCACCGCUGUGCUGAGUAUUGCAGCAGCCAAGGCUCGCAGGCGAGCGCACGGAACUGAGGGCUCAGCUAGCAGCAUGACUUCCUCCUCAACCUCUAAAAUGGAUGUUGAUGAAGAAGAGAAGAAGCCAUCUAAGUCACCAAAUCCAAACAUUACAGUUCAUGGAAAAUCUGAUAAAGAUGCACCUGCCGCCACGGCCGGUUCCUCCAAGGAAAUUAAGAAGGAGGAAAAAGAGGGUGAAGAGAAGGAAACUAAAGAAAAGAAAGAACCAGAGCCUACCUUUGAAAUUCUGAACAACCCUGCGAGGGUAAUGAGGCAACAGUUGAAGAACUUGACAGCUGUUGAGGGACAAGGCUUUACGCCAUUGAAAGACGUUACUAUUGGCGGGAUCGUAAUGCUGAACCACUCUGGUGACGGUGAACAGUUGCUGGUUGAGCCAGUUGCCGCUUUCGGCCCGAAGACGGAAGAAGAAAAGGAACCCGAACCCCCAGAACCUUUCGAGUACUUGGAUGAUUGAUAUUGUCUCUUCAGCUAAUUCAUCAACAGAUGAUACUAUCUAUAUAGUAAUAGGAUGACAAUGAAUCAUUUUCAAUGUAUUGAACAAUUUAUCAUCUAGAUUAAAAUGUUAAAGUACAUGAUUACUAUAUAACAGGAAAUUAUUAUUGUGUUUCAGAAAUAAAUAAAUGUACCUAAUUAAUUA